AUGAGCUCCAUCCUACGACUUCCAUCACGAAUUCGGGCGCCUAUUUCCUCUACUUCUCUCGGUCGCACCUUGACCAAUAUUCCUGCCCAGCAAUGCUACAUUCAUGGCACCCCCAGUAACCAUGGUCCGGAGAAAGACAGAAAUCACGACAAUGCCCCAAACCACCCAAUUCCCUCCAACAACGCCCAUCCUACUCUUCGAGACGGCAGACAGUCGAGCCUCAGUGACAUGGAUGGCCACAAAAAUGAGGAUCUCCCAGAGGAUGUGAAAAAGCAUAACGAAGAAAUGGCACAACGAUAUGAUAAACCUUUGAACCAUAUCUCGGAUGAGGGCACUGUUGAGAAGACGUUUGAGGAGAAAUGA